AUGGGGGGGCGCGGAGCAGACGCCGGAAGUAGCGGAGGGACGGGUGCCCCCGAGGGGUACUCAGUGCCGGCCGCCUCCGCCAGAGUCGCGGCCAAAGCCAAGGCCCGAGGGGGUGGGCGUGGCGGCCGCCGGAACGCGACGCCCUCCGUUCCCUCUCCUCGCGGAGCGGCGCCGCGUCGCUCGUCUCCAUCGGCUGCCAUGAGCGAGCGCCUCCGCCCCAGGAAAAGGAGAAGGAAUGGCAGUGAAGAAGACCACCAUCUCCCGCCACAGACCAAAAGGAGCAGUAGAAAUCCUGUCUUUCGCGAUUCUUGGGACACAGAGACAGUGCUUGUGACGAGAAACGGUAAAGAAGAGCACGGAGGACACAGACUGCUCUUGUCUUCGAGCAGCGACAGCGGCGGCAGCAGCAGCAGCAUCAACAGCCCCGACAGGGCCAGCGGGCCGGAGAGCAGCUUGCACCACCUCGCCGCCGGGUCCAGCCCCCACACCCCGCAGCCCGCGCCCGAGCCGUCUGCGCUGUGCCCAGGCCCCUACUUCCACAUCAACCAGACCUUGAAGGAGGCCCACUUCCACAGCCUGCAGCACCGGGGCCGGCCUCCCUCGUGA